UGGAGCUAGAGUUGACAUUUCCGCCCUCCUCUAUAAAAUUACCACCUUCACGGCCUUCCUAGACACUUGCUCUGUUACUCCAUAUACAAGCUAAAUUCACAGAGAGAUCGAUAGAAAAAGUAGACGACAACCAUGGCCGUAAACAUAACCGCCAUCAGGACCUCCUCCAACGGGGUGUGGCAAGGAGACAACCCACUCCACUUCGCCUUCCCUCUCCUCAUUGUGCAGGCCACUCUCGUCCUUCUCCUCGGCCGCUCCCUCUCCUUCCUCCUCAAACCCCUCCGUCAGCCAAAAGUCAUCGCCGAGAUCGUCGGCGGCAUCCUACUGGGUCCAUCGGCGCUAGGCCGCAACGAGAACUACCUCCACAACCUGUUUCCUUCAUGGAGCACGCCGAUCCUGGAGACGGUGGCCAGCAUCGGCCUCCUCUUCUUCCUCUUCCUUGUCGGCCUCGAGCUCGAUCUCCGCUCCAUCCUCCGCAGCGGCCGACGAGCCCUUGCCAUCUCUGGAGCCGGCAUCUCCCUCCCCUUCGCUUGCGGCAUCGGCGUCGCGUUCGUCCUUCGCCGUAGCAUACCUGGCGCCGACGAGCCCAGCUACGGCCCUUUCCUUGUCUUCAUGGGCGUCUCCCUCUCCAUCACCGCUUUCCCCGUCCUCGCCCGCAUCCUUGCUGAACUCAAGCUCCUCACCACUCCGCUCGGAGAGACCGCCAUGGCCGCAGCUGCCUUCAACGACGUCGCCGCCUGGGUCCUCCUCGCGCUUGCCGUCGCCCUCUCCGGCACGACCGGACGAGGAGGCUCCGAUCACCGCAGUCCUCUGGUGUCCGUUUGGGUGCUGCUCUGCGGAGCGGCCUUCGUCGCGGUACAGAUGGUGGCAGUGAGACCGGUGAUGACGUGGGUGGCGAGGCGGGCGGAGAGCGAAGGCGGGGAGAGCGAGGUGUGGAUGGCGCUGACGCUAACCGGCGUCCUGGUGUCGGGCUUCUUCACCGACUUCAUCGGCAUCCACUCCAUCUUCGGGGCGUUCGUCUUCGGGCUUACCGUCCCCAAGGACGGGGAGUUCGCCGGGAGGCUCAUCGAACGCAUCGAGGACUUCGUAUCAGGGUUGCUGCUUCCGCUCUACUUCGCCUCGAGCGGGCUGAAAACGAACGUGGCGAGCAUCAAAGGCGGCAAGUCCUGGGCCCUUCUCGCUCUCGUCAUUGCCACAGCAUGCGCCGGGAAGAUCGUUGGAACGUUCGUGGUGGCAGUGGCUUGUGGGAUGGCGACCAGGGACGCGGUGGCGCUUGGUGUUCUCAUGAACACCAAAGGCCUCGUUGAGCUCAUCGUCCUCAACAUCGGCAGGGAGAGAAAGGUUUUGAACGAAGAGACAUUUGCCAUCCUGGUGUUGAUGGCGUUGUUCACCACCUUCAUCACCACGCCCGCCGUCAUGGCCAUCUACAAGCCCGCCCGCGUCGGCGCCCCAGACCCGCGCCGGCUCUACCGCUCCGGCUCUUCUUCCCCUCCCUCCUCCGCUGCCGGCGCCAAGGAGCUCCGCGUCCUCGCGUGCGCCCAUGGGCCCCGCGACGCCCCCGCCCUCCUCGCUCUCGUCGAGGCCAUCCGCGGCGGGCCCCGCGCAUCGUCCCCCCUCAAGCUCUACGUCCUCCACCUCGUCGAGCUCACCGAGCGGUCCUCCUCCAUCGUGAUGGUCCGCCGCGCACGCCGAAAUGGCCUCCCCUUCCUCAACCCCCUCAUUCGGCGCCAGCAGUCCCGCGAUUCCGUGGCCCUCGCCUUCGACGCCUACGGCCAGCUCGGCCGGGUUCGCGUCCGCCCCAUGGCGGCCGUCUCCGCCCUCCCCACCAUGCACGAGGAUGUCUGCAGCGUCGCAGAGGACAAGCGCGUGGCCCUCCUCAUCCUCCCUUUCCACAAGCGCCAGAGACGUGCCGAUGACGCCGGCUCUGUUCCAGUGGUAGAGAACGUGGGCCACGGUUGGCGCUCUGUCAACCAGCGAGUGCUCCGGGAGUCCCCCUGCUCCGUGGCCGUCCUCGUUGACCGUGGCUUCGGGGAGGGCGAACAGGUGUGGCCGGCGGACGUGGCGCGCCUUGUCUGCGUGCUCUUCUUCGGCGGGCCCGAUGACCGCGAGGCGGUCGAACUGGCGACGCGCAUGGUCGAGCAUCCUAAUAUCCGUGUCACCGUCUUCCGGUUCAUCUCGUCGAAGAACGGCGACGAGGAGCGGAAAAAUGUCACGCUACGGCCUUCUCCAUUGAACAGCGAUGAAAAGCGCUACACCUUCUCAACCGCAGUUAUGGAUCGAGAACAAGAAAAGGAAAGGGAUGAAUUGGCACUGGAGGAUUUCCGGCGGAAAGCAGAGGGGGAAGCGGCGACGGCGAGGUACGAGGAGAGGACGGCGGGGAACGUAAUCGAGGCGGUGCUUGCGAUCGGGAAAAAUAAGGAGUAUGACCUGGUAGUAGUUGGGAAAGGGCGGUUCCCUACGUCGAUGGUAGCGGAGCUCGCCGGCAGACCAGCGGAGCACCCGGAGCUCGGUCCUAUAGGGGACGCACUGGCUUCCUGCCAAGGCGUGGUUUCGUCAGUGUUGGUGGUUCAGCAGCACGACGUUGUGCACUCUGAGGAGACGCCGGUGUCGAUGGUCUUCGAUGACGGCCACUCCGCCGUCGCCGUUGAUAUGGAGAGGGGCAGCAACCACAAAGCUGGCUCAGGAUAGGAUUAGUGUGACAUGAAGCGACGACUAUAUGCUGGAUAAAAUCGGAUCAUAAUUAAUCGAUUUUAAUGUAUCCUUAAUAGUGAAAUCAACCUUAAGUAAUUAUUGACUUUUGAUUUUAACUUGUUAGGUUUUAUAAUACGAUGGUUGAUAUUAAUUGAUAAG